AUGUGGAGUAAGAGAAGUCUAAUAAAUCUUCCUCAACUCUCUUCUAUUUUAUUCACCUGCAUCUCACCCAGUGCCAAAAGUAGCAGUACUAAGCAAAAAAACAGUGUUUUCCCCAGAAUUAAAUUAAAGGUGUUAUAUGACAAGAAAGAUACUGUCACACUUUCCAAGGAUCUUGGAGCAUGUCAUAAUGACUCAACACCACUGAGAGAGAGAGAAAAGAAGUGUUAUUCCCAUUUGACAGAUGGAAGCUACAGACAGAAGCGAUCAAACCUCACAAGACUGUUAGUGCAACCAAUUUCUGCAAUGCUAGUCAAAAAGCUUACUUCUUUACCUGAGGAGCAUGGCAACAAUGAUAGGUGUGUCCCUCUUCAACUGACUACAACAGAAAAGACUGUAAUCACUCUGAAUAUUCAGACAGUCACAACAUACAAGACCAUUUCUAAUGUUAUUGGGUAUUUAAAGGGAUCUGCACUUCCUGACAGAUAUGUCAUCGUUGGUAGCCACCACAAUAGUUUAUACAGUUACAGUGGACAUGGAUGGGCCCAAAGUACUGCCAUCAUCACAGCCUUUAUACAAGCCUUGAUGAUAAAGGUUAAGAAAGGGUGGAGGCCUGACCGAACCAUUGUUUUCUGCUCAUGGGGAGGAACGUCAUUUGGCAACAUUGGCUCAUAUGAAUGGGCAGAGGAGCUCAAGAAUGUUCUCCAGAGAAACGUUGUUGCUUAUGUUAGUCUCCAUAACCCAGUGAGAGGCAACUCAACUUUGUACCCUGUGGCAUCACCGUCUCUUCAGGAGCUGGCAGCAGAGAGCCAGAGCUUCAACUGUCUGGGAAAGGCAAAAUGCCCAGCAUCCAAUGUGAGUUCUGUGCAGAUGCAGGGUGAUUCUGAUUAUUUCAUCAACCAUCUUGGGAUCCCUACUUUGCAGUUUUCAUAUGAGGACAUCAAGACCUUAGAGGGUCCAGGCUUUCUCUCUGAAGCUCUUUUUCCAGCACAUAAACCAGUAACUGAAGAGAUGGAUCCUUCCUUCAGCCUUCAUGAGAUCAUUGCUAAGCUAACGGGAGAGGUGACUUUGCAAAUUGCCAAUGAACCAGUUCUGCCCUUUAAUGCCCUGGACAUUGCAUUAGAAGUUCAGAACAGCCUUAAAGGUGACCAGUUAGAUACUCAUCAGUUAUUGGCAAUGGCUUCCAGUCUGAGGGACAGUGCAGAAUUGUUCCAGUCAGAUGAGAUGCGUCCAGCUAAUGAUCCCAAGGAGAGAGCGCCCAUCCGAGUCAGAAUGCUUAAUGAUGUGUUGCAGAGCCUGGAGAAAAACUUCUUAGUUCAACAAGCGCCUCCAGGAUUUUACAGAAACAUUCUUUAUAGGCUGGAUGAAAGGACGAGCCAAUUUUCAGUACUGCUAGAGGCGCUGGCACACUGCAAGCUACAUCAGUCAAAUGAGACCCUUCAAGCAGCCUUGUCAAAGGUGUUGAACAGCAUCAAUUCAGCUCAGGUUUACUUCAAAGCAGGACUUGAUGUGUUUGAGACUGCUUUAGCUGGAAAGAAAUGAGAAGUCUUAGCCGUCUAAGAAGUUUGUUUACAAUUUGCUACGCAAAAGUUCGACUCGGACCAGAAUUUCUGAGGGUGAAACUUUUUCAACCGCUUUUUUCCAAUUGGUGUUUAAAAGUACUACAACGUAUGUUUUUAUGAAUAUAAAACAGUCUUUUGCACUGUUCAGAAAUCUAUC